AACAUAUACAUACAUACACUAUCACGUUCUUACAAAUUAUAUUUUCUCUCCAUAUAUUCACCUCUCCCAAAAUGCAAAACUUCUCCUUUACAAAUAUUUCGAUCUUCUCGUUACACAAUCUCUUCUCCGCUUGAACUAAUUUUUAUAUAGAUCUAUCACUUUUCGCUUUCAAUCUGGCUUUUUAUUGCGCGAAAUGAAGCGGUUUCGAGAUGAUUAUGUGAAUUCGCAAUUUAAGCGCUCGUUUGGUUCUUCUCGUGCUGAGCCAUAUGCUCAACCUCAUGUUGCUGGAGGGGGUAGUGCAGGUCCUGCAUCGCAGAGACUUACAACCAAUGAUGCAUUAAGUUAUUUGAAAGAAGUCAAGGAUAUGUUUCAGGACCAGAGGGAAAAAUAUGACACUUUCCUUGAUGUGAUGAAAGAUUUUAAGGCUCAAAGAAUUGAUACUACUGGUGUCAUCGCGAGGGUGAAAGAAUUGUUUAAAGGGCACAAUAAUCUCAUUUUUGGUUUCAAUACAUUUUUACCCAAAGGCUAUGAAAUUACUGUUAUUGAGGAGGGUGAGGCACCACCGAAGAAAACUGUUGAGUUUGAAGAGGCUAUAAGUUUUGUAAACAAGAUCAAGAAAAGAUUUCAAAAUGAUGAUGAUCAUGUGUACAAAUCUUUUUUAGACAUAUUAAAUAUGUACAGGAAGGAGCACAAGGGUAUUGAGGAGGUCUACCAUGAGGUUGCUGCACUUUUUGAUGAUCAUCCAGAUUUGCUUGAUGAGUUCAUAAGAUUUUUACCUGAUGCUUCAGCGGUUGCGUCAGCACACAAUGCUUCACUUGGCAGGCAACCAUUGAAUCGCUAUGAUGAGCGGAGUUCUGCCGUUUUAACACAGCGGGGUACACCAAUGGAUAAGCAACGCUUUCAGCGGGACAGAAUCAUCGGUCCCCACACUGAGAAUGAUCCGAAUCUUGAGCAUCCGGAUUUGGAUGAAAAAACAAUGAUCAAGUUGCACAAGGAGCAGAGAAGGCGGUCUGAAAAUAAUAACCGUGACAGGAGGAUGAAUCGUGAUCAAGAUUUUAGAGACUCUGAGCAAGACAUGCAUCGUUCAUCUGAGAAAAGGAAAUCUUCUCGGAAGGUGGAUGGAUUUGGAGGGGAUCAUUUCUCGGGUCCUUACGAUGAUAAAGAUGCCUUGAAAAGUAUCUAUAAGCAAGAGUUCAUUUUCUGUGAAAAAGUGAAGGAGAGACUACGGAAUCCAGCCGAUUACCAGGCAUUCCUGAAGUGUCUUCAUAUCUAUAGCACUGACAUAAUAACAAGAAAUGAGUUACAGGGCUUGGUUGCAGAUUUAAUUGGAAAAGACACCGCUCUUAUGGAAGGGUUUAAGGAGUUUUUGGAAUUAUGUGAAGGAACUGAUGGAUUUCUUGCUGGUGUGAUGAGCAAAAAACAUUUCUGGACUGAAGGGUUUGCAUCCAAAACUCUGAAGGUAGAGGAUAAAGAAAGGGAACAUCGACGUGACGUAGAUUUAUUUAAAGAAAGGGACAGGGUGAAGGAGAAAUAUUGGGGAAAAUCCAUACAAGAGCUGGAUCUUGUUAAUUGUCAGCGGUGUACUCCUAGUUACAGGCUUCUUCCUGAUGAUUAUCCAAUACCAUUGGCAAGCCAAAAGUCAGAGCUGGGAGCACAGGUACUGAAUGAUCACUGGGUAUCUGUGACGUCAGGUAGUGAGGAUUACUCUUUCAAACAUAUGCGCAGAAACCAAUAUGAAGAGAGUCUGUUUAGAUGCGAAGAUGAUAGGUUUGAGCUGGAUAUGUUGUUGGAAUCUGUGACUGCGACUGCUAAGCGCGCGGAGGAGUUACUGAACAUCAUGAACAAAAAUUCCAUCAAUUCAGAGAGUACCAUCUGCGUGGAAGACCACUUCACAGCCCUCAAUUUUAGGUGCAUUGAACGGUUAUACGGUGAUCAUGGACUGGAUGUCUUGGACAUCUUACGUAAAAAUACAUCUCUUUCUCUGCCUGUCAUAUUAAUACGCCUGAAGCAGAAACAAGAGGAGUGGUCAAAGUGCCGGCUAGAUUUCAAUAAAGUUUGGGCUGAAAUCUAUGCAAAGAACCAUUACAAAUCCCUUGAUCACCGUAGUUUCUAUUUCAAGCAGCAAGAUUCGAAGAACUUGAGCACAAAAUCAUUAGUAACUGAAGUUAAAGAACUAAAGGAGAAAAGGAAACAGGAGGAUAGUGUGCUUCUCAACAUAUCUGCUGGAUGCAGACAUCCUAUAACUCCAGAUCUUAAAUUUGAAUACUCUGAUGUUGAGAUUCAUGAAGACUUAUAUAAGCUUAUAAAGUAUUCAUGUGAUGAGAUUUGUGCGACUAAAGAGCAGUCUAAAAAGGCCAUGAGGCUUUGGACUACAUUUUUGGAGCCAAUGUUGAAUGUUCCUUCGCGGCCUCUUGAACCUGAGGAUUCUGACGCACAAAGUGAUGGAACAGACAUCAAAGAAAAAUAUGGAAGCCCUAGUGCUGCUAAUCCUGCAGCUAUGGACGUAGAAGAAGCAAAAACUUUGCCAAACGGAGAUGUGUUACCAGAUCCAAUGCAAUCUAGUAAUGCUUGCAUGUUAAGUGGAGAAGUAUCUGUUGAAGGUGAUGGAGGUGGUUUACAAAAAGCUCUAGACCGUGCAACUGUCAAUGGGACAUCUACUUGUGCUGAGCUUUUAGGCAGUUCAGAUGCAACUGUUAGAGCAGGGAAUGAUGUAGCUCAGAGGCCUGGUAUCCAUGUUAAUGAAAAUGGUCAGGGCCUUGUUUGCGAAAUCAACAACAUGCACCAUCAAGAUGUUUUGAGAUCAGUCACAUCUGCAACCGUGAGUGGAGUUCCAACAGAUGUCCCCAAUGUGCCCAACUGCAAGGAAGAUUUAGUUGAUGUUUCCAUGGUCGAGAAAGAAGAAGGUGAGCUGUCACCUAAUGGUGAUUUUGAAGAGGAUGCUUCUGUUGCAGAGAGAAGUGCAGAAACUACAAGGCAUGAGGCAAGGACUGGUGAAGACACCUCUUGUCAGCAUGUUAGGGAGAAUGAUGCCGAUGCUGAUGACGAGAACAGUGAAAAUGUUUCUGAGGCCGGCGAAGAUGUUUCAGGCAGUGAAUCAGCUGCUGAUGAGCACUCCCGUGAAGAGGAGGAUGGAGACCAUGAUGAAAAUGAUUGUAAAGGUGAAAGUGAAUGUGAAGCUGAGGGGUUGGAUGAUGCAGUCACUGAAGAAGAUGGACUUUUAUCACCACCAUCUGACCGGUUUGUGCUAACCUCAAAGCCUCUGGCAAAGCGUGUUGCAUCUGCAUUACGUGAUACAGCAAAAGGUUCCAAGGUUUUCUAUGGGAAUGAUGCAUUUUAUGUGCUUUUCCGUCUUCACCAGAUAUUGUAUGAAAGACUGUUAUUUGCCAAGACACAUUCAUCUUCUGGAGAACCAAAAAUGAGAAAUGUGAUUGAUGCUUGUCCGGCUGAUUUAUAUUCCAGAUUUUUGAGUGCAUUAUAUGAUUUGCUUGAUGGAUCUUCUGAUAAUGCAAAGUUUGAGGAUGAUUGCCGGGCUAUAAUUGGUAAUCAGGCUUAUGUGCUGUUUACUUUGGACAAAGUGAUAUAUAAGAUUGUCAAACAGCUUCAAACUGUUGCAAGUGACGAAAUGGAUAGUAAGCUGCUACAAUUGAACGAGUAUGAAAAUUUUCGGAAACCGGAUAAAUAUAUUGAUUCAGUCUAUUAUGAAAAUGCACAUGUCCUUCUCCAUGAUGAAAACAUAUACCGAUUUGAAUGUACAUCUGUCCGGUCACAUUUGUCUAUACAGCUCAUGGAUGAUGGAAAUGAAAAGAAAGAGGUGGUUGCAGUAUCCAUGGAUCCUAAUUUUGUAGCUCAUCUUAAUAAUGAAUUUUUGCCGAUUCCUAUCAAUAAGGAAUCUGACAGAAUUAUAUUGCAAAGGAAUAAGCGCAUGUGUGCCAACCAUGAUGAAUAUUCUACUAUAGGCAUUGCUAUGGAAGAUGUUAAAGUGGUCAAUGGCUUAGAGUGCAAGAUGGCUUGUAGCUCAUCCAAGAUAUCCUAUGUCCUAGACACAGAAGAUCUCAUUUACCGCGACAGAAGAAACAAAAGAAAAUUGUCCCCACUGUCUAACGAGGCUGAGGCAAGAGUGCAAAAGUUCCGCCGUUUCUUGACGGCUUCAAUAUGAUAUAUAUUUUUUUUCCUUUGUUUGCGAUUUUGAUACAGUUCAGGCGAGGUAGGUCAAUAUCUUUGUUGUAAUACUUUUUUUUAUUGAAUUUAACAGAUCUAAAUACCAAUAGUGACCAAUUGCCAGUUUUUUUAA